AUGGUGACAGGUGGUAACUUGGGUGAAGGGGAAGAUAAUAUCCUACAAGAGGGAACAAGGAGAAACAAGAGAACCCUGUUUACAGGAAAUGGACAAAGCAUAGAAAUGGAAAAUUGGACUUUAGUGACUGAGUUUAUUCUUGUGGGGAUACCAACCACCAGAGUGGUAGGAGAACUCUUAUUCUUGAUUUUCUUGUUGGCUUAUUUGGUCACUGUCCUUGGAAAUGCACUCAUCAUUACCCUGAUCAUUGUAGACUACAGGCUCCAAUCACCCAUGUACUUUUUCCUCAGCAAUCUCUCCUUCAGUGAGAUAUUAACUACCACAUGUGCUGUUCCCAAGAUGCUGGAAGGCUUCCUGUCAGAGAGGAAGACCAUCUCACGUGGGGGGUGUUCUGUCCAAUCCUAUUUCUACUUUCUCUCCGGAUGUACUGAAUUCAUCAUUUUUGCCGUCAUGUCCUAUGAUCGCUAUGUGGCCAUUUGUAGUCCCCUUCAGUAUCCAGUGAUUAUGACUGGCUCACUCUGUGUCCGUCUCGUCAUCCUUUCCUGGGUGGGAGGGUUUCUCCUCAUCCUGCCAUCCACUGUUCUUAAGGCAGGGUUGCCGUACUGUGGCCCCAAUGUGAUCGAUCACUUUUUCUGUGACAGUGCUCCCCUUCUCCACUUGGCCUGUGCUGACAUCCGAAUCAUCGAGCUCCUGGACUUCCUCAGUUCCCUUGUCCUGCUCAUCAGCUCCCUCUCCCUCACCGUGGUCUCCUAUGUGUACAUCAUCUCCACCAUUCUGAAGAUACCCUCAGGGCAAGGUCAACGCAAAGCCUUUGCCACCUGUGCCUCUCACUUCACUGUGGUCUCCAUGGGCUAUGGGAUCUCCAUCUUCGUCUAUGUUCGCCCCUCACAGAAAAGUAGUCUUCACCUCAACAAGAUGCUCUUCCUCCUCUCCAGUGUCAUCACACCUCUCCUGAACCCCUUCAUUUUCAGUCUGCGGAACGAAACCAUGAAGGAUGCCCUGAAGGACACUUUGGCUAAGGGACAGAGCUUCCUCAAGGGACUUAUGUCCACAUGA